CAAAAAGGGUGUGUUGGUACUGCUGUUGGGGUGUCUGAGUCAACACAGUUUCAUGUGUGCCUGAAUCAAACAAGCUUGAAUACAGAGUUCAGUCUGUUCAGAUGUCUGUGGAGAUGCAGCAGAGCAGCAACAGCAGCAGCAGUGAGACUUCAGAGGUUCAGCAUCUGUGGAGCAGCUGGAUCACUCAGUUGCAGCACUAUUACAAUGACCCUAAGGUAACACGCAUGAUGAACACAAGAAUCGGGCAGUACCUCAGCAAACAUCCUUUCUUCGCUCUGACAGUGUUGCUGUUCGGUGCUAUGUCUGCACUCCCUGUCGGACUUUUCCUCUCUUUUGCUCUUGUGACCUUUAUUAUGUCAGCAGUAGGUUUUGUUUUCUUUGAGGUGUUCCUGCUGUUUGUUGGCGGGUUGACUCUGCUGUGUGUGCUCUCUGGCAUCGCCCUGUUCUCAGUCAUGGCAUCAGUCAUCUUUAAUGGCCUUUAUAUCACCAUCUCCAACAUACUCAACCGCUAUUACCCUCAUCUGAUAAAGUCAUACCAGCAAAGUAAGGCCCAGGAGAAGGAGGGUGAAUCUGAAACUUCAAAAGUGAACAAAAUAGAGUAGCAGGAUGCUUUCCACCUCUCCUCUUUCAUGUGGGAAAGCUCAAAAUCUCUGCAUGAACGGUGCCUUAAAUCAGCACUAUUGAAGCUCAAUGGGCGGGAUUCAGACCUUGAAUGUACUGUAUGUAACAGAUUUUCUAAGCACAAAGAUUUCCUGGUAGUUACUGCAUGUCUACAUCACUAAUUUUAUCGCUAAAUAUUUGAAUAAAUAAAAUAAAAAAUACCUAAAUGUCCAAAUCUCUAUAUAUGUAGGCAUUUUAUUUAAGUAUAAAAUAUCUAUGACAGCCAAAGCAUUGAUUUAUGAAUGUUUUAACUGCCUUGAUGGUCAAAUACUUAUUUUAAUCUAAACCAUACGUAUUCUAUACACUAUGCACAAAUCUUUGGAAUGGCGGCUCAUUUCAAAAACAGAAAAACACUGGCUCAUGAUUGUACAUCAUUAAAAAAAAGCCAUGCACUAUUCCUAUUUAACAUGUUUUUUUUUAAAUGCUUGUGUAAGUUGUGUAUGUUUGCAGAUAUCUGACACUGAUUCCUAUGAGCCAAACAAUACACUGCAAAUUGCUGUUACAUGUUUAUGGUGUAAUCUUCAAAGGAGCUAUAUAUGACAUCCCGAUCGCAACAAAUAUUUGUUAUUAAGAUAUAAUGGAGUAAUGGCCUCCUGAGCAAAGAAUAAUGUCACACUACUGUGUGUUGUAAAUUGAGCGUGUCUCUUCAGUGUUGUAUAAGAAGAGCAAAAAAAGGACUAAAUUAUAGGUACUGGGAUACCAUCUCACUGCAGUUGCACAAUUGACUGAUUGAAACAAAUUUUUAAAAAAAUGCUGGUAUCAGGAAAAAAGCGCUUUAGUUAACAUGGGCUGUUAGCACUGUCAACAGUGUUGCUGUUGUUAUCACUGUUAGCACCAUUAGCUGCAAGCCGCCAGCUCAGCCACCACCAUUUUAAGAGUGGUGCAGGCAGCCCUUAAAUCAAAGAUAUGUUCUAAUUAUCAUAUAGAGCUCCUUUAAAGAAGCACAGUGUGGUUUGUUUAUAAAUGGUCAUCAGAGUUAAAGCUGUGCUGUUUUGUUGUUUUUUUUUAUGGAAAGUUCAUGCCUUUAAAAUAAAAUUGAUGCAUAUCAAUGUGUUGUUGGUGAUAGAUUAUCUGAUGAAACUACAGUCUGUUGUCUGGCACACCAAUCGGUUUUAGAUGAAUUUAUCAAUGCAAUAAAUUCAUUGAUACUCCAUGGGAGAAUGCCCUCAUUUAUUGCCAGGACCUUAAGAUGAGUUUGGUAAAGAAUGGUCUAUGCUUAGGAUGUAUUAUGUUGCAAUUAGCUGUAUUGGAAAUAAACUGAGUUUACCAAGAA